GACGAGAGACAGACAGAAUCAUUGUCCGAGCCGCACGCAGGGCGACGGAAAGGGAACACACUCCGAAUGACGAAUGAUGCUCCGCACGCUGAAUCCACUCCGCAGUCCACUUUCCGUUGCUGGAGAAAUAUCCGCUCCGGCGCCUGACAUACCGUCCAAGAAAACUGGGCGUUCGAAGUUCUGCUGGUUGUCGCGUCACAGUGAUGAGCCGCUCGGACAUGUGUCUGCAAAAUCCAGUGCGUGCAGUCGAUGAGGCCGAGCGAUGCGAUGCGAGUCUGGAAGGAGCGGCGGUGAGGAAUUUGUUAUGGUCCUCUGAGACAGUGGCACGUGGUAGGUUGUACGUUCGGAGUUCCACAAUUUGAUGGACGCUCCACAUCUCUUCACGUUAACUGCCUGUUUGUUGACGAAGGCAGCAACGAUAUCGAGCACUACGAUGAGAAUCAAUCAGUUCAACUGUUUAUCGAAACUAAUUCAAAAUGUGGAUCAACUCCACCACCCAACCAUCUGCCGAAGGCAAUUUGGCACUGCAGCUACUGUCGGUGGAACGGUUCGUCAAGCUCUUGGUCAAAUCGUUGAAACUAAAGACUCAGUGGAGAAUCACGGAGCAGCUCCUCAUGGCGAUCCGAAUUUUUUGGAAUCCGUAGAUAUAUAUUUCGACAGGGCUGCCGCCUAUGCACAAUCGACUCCCGAUAUCCUCGCACAAAUAAAGGCAUGUAAUAAUGUAAUGAGAUUGCAGUUUCCACUCAAGUGCGGAAAUGGUACCGUCGAACUUAUUGAGGCUUAUAGGGCGCAACACUCGCAUCAUCGUUUACCAGUCAAAGGCGGAAUUCGCAUGGCGCCAAAUGUUGAUGCCAAUGAAACUAUGGCUUUAGCUGCCUUAAUGACAUUCAAGUGUGCUGUGGUCGAUGUACCUUUUGGAGGUGCUAAAGGUGGAAUCAAGAUAGAUCCAAACAAGUAUACUUCAACUGAGAAAGAGACAAUUAUCAGAAGAUAUACCAGCGAGCUUGUUAAAAAGAACUUUAUUGGUCCUGCUCUGGAUGUACCGGCACCAGAUUAUGGAACAGGUCCUCAAGAGAUGGCCUGGAUUAAGGACACCUUCGAACAUUUGCGCCCUACAGACAUCAACGGUUCUGCCUGUGUAACUGGGAAACCUCUUGAAGAGGGUGGAAUUGAUGGUAGGCAAGAAGCAACUGGACUGGGUGUUUUCUUUUGCGUGAGAGAAUUUUUGAACGACAAGGAAUUGGUUUCAAAGCUAAACAUGAACCCUGGUGUGAAAGGCAAGACAUUUAUUGUUCAAGGGUUUGGAAAUGUUGGUCGACAUACUGCCGAUAAAUUAGCAGCUGCUGGAGGUAAGAUCAUAGCUGUUGCUGAGUACGAUGGAGGGAUUGUUGACGAGACAGGAGAAGGUCUAGAUAUUACUGCAAUUAAAGCCUAUCAGGCAACUAAAAAAUCUAUUCUUGGAUUUCCCGGAACUACGACGCGAAGGGACUCUGGAGAGAUUCUGGAGCUUGAAUGCGAUGUCCUUAUACCUGCAGCUCUUGAGUCUCAGAUCCACUCUCGAAACGCGCAUAGAAUUAAGGCAAAAGUGAUUGCUGAGGCUGCUAAUGGUCCUGUGACACCCCGAGCUGAAGUCAUUUUGGAGAAGAGAGGAAUUGUUAUUCUGCCAGAUUUGUUAUUAAAUGCUGGCGGCGUUACUGUUUCCUACUUCGAGUGGCUCAAGAAUCUGAACCACAUGCAUUUUGGACGAAUGAGUAGGAGGAUGGAGGAGAGUGGUAAGAAGGCCUUGAUUGAUGCGCUUGAGAACCAGUUUGGCAAUGGAACCAAACUCUCAGAGGAUCUUCGCAGACAGAUUGUGAAAGGGAACACAGAGGUUGAUUUUGUGUACUCGGGCCUAGAAGAAACUAUGCUGGUCAGUUGGGACAACGUUAGACGCACAGCCCAGAUUAAGGGUUGCAACUAUCGCACUGCUGCAUAUCUGAUAGCCAUAGAAAGAAUUGCAACUUGUUACAAAGUCAGUGGAAUAUUUCCUUGAAAAACUUCUCAUACGACUAUAAGACGACAUCGCCCACGACAGAGUUGAAGCAGAUUACAUCCACAUGGCGGAAGCUUCUCGGCACGAGUAACAGUUUGUACAUGCAAGUAAAACAGCUUGUCCAUUGUACAGGUCAAUGCCUUUUCGCAGGAAAGAAACAUCAGUUCUAAAGACAGGUAUAGCGUACAUGAUUCUAUUAGCAGUCAUUCUGAAAGAAGAAAUUCAAUUUUUUUCAAAAAAAGGUAAAAAAAUGCUCAUGCGGUUUAGUUCUCCUCAUGGUAUGAUCAAGAACCCGUUCGAUACAUCAGCAGAUGGCCUCUGCAGGAGGCAAAAAUUAUGUCAAUCAUAUACUGCAGUUGUAAAUAUAAUUCUCAGUCAAACUAUCAGAUUUCCGGUCAUCUUGUCCGGCUCACGAAAUUUGUUCGACAUAAAUCUCCAGCCUGUCCUCAAGUUGUCAUAUAUCCUAGAAUACCAGAAUUGAGUUCCAAGAAACUAAUUACGUCCUGUACUCAAUCUUC